AUGUCGCGCAUCCUGCGCUCUGCAACGAGGUCUCGGCUGAAGCUUGCGGCGUCGUCGUCGACACGCUUCGAGUUCAACUUGCUUGGCCUGCCAGAGGAAAUCAUCUGCCUGAUCGUCGAGCAUGUCGAUGAGGUCCAGAGCCUCGCGCGGCUGAGCCGGACAUGCCGCCAAUGCCAGCGACUGACAGAAAUCAAGCUGUAUCGACAUCAUGUAUUGCGUAGCGCUUAUGAAGGUGAUUUGCUCCGACACUCCCUCGACACGCGUCCCGCGCGCGAAUCGUGCAUCCAUACUCUCGCCUAUUUGAUGGCUUCCRAGACCGAUCAGAGCUUCGACUGCCUACAGGAUCUUCUUGCACGCUGCACUCACCUGAAGGAAUUUUCCUUUGAGAGUCCCGAGUGCAACAGGAGUCAUUUCGAAGAUGAAGACGCCUGGACGGACAUGACCGACCACCUGUUUCAACCCUUUCAAGACUCGCAAGAUGUGUCCCUGGAGCUUGGCAUGAAGCCCCUACAGAUGCUGAGCAAAUUGACGCUGCAUAUGAAUGGCAUUGAAAGCCCAUACUGGAACUUUGACGCCAGAAGCAAGAACAUCUUUCUCCUUCCUGCCCUCUCAUAUCUCAAGAUCUCCUGCGUCAACAUACUUGACAAUCUCUCAGAGGGAAUUAAUCGCGUCUCCUUCAGUCCUCUCAAGCACCUCGAGCUCGAGGAGUGCAACUUUACCCACCAAGGCCUACACCACCUUCUGUCAUUCCCAAAAGCGCUCGAGCAUUUCGAACUGCUGGAGAAUCGAUACAAUGUCGUACAUUUUGGCGCUCCUGUCCAUCCAUCUUGGAACCAGCUGUUCAAGAACAAUCCUGCAGCAACUCUAGCUGCACUCUCUCAGCAGAAGCACUCCCUCACCUCUCUCACAUAUGCCACCUCGGAAGACGACCACUGGCGUGUUGGACCGACCUUGGUCACUCCGGAGAAGACACCUGUUGAUGCAGGAUUCUCCGACUUUUUGGCUCUCGAGGAAGUAAAGCUGAUUGGCGAAUGCGCCCUUUUCGAGCGAGCGGUCUUAUCGUCUCGCGCUCCUCCCAACCUCAAGAUUCUUGCCGCGGACAGCGAGGACCCUCUGCGCAGGUUUAGCUACGRCUUCCAGCGGCCAGACGAAGAUCCGGAGCAUCCACUUGACUUUGCGCCGUUCUUUCGCGCACCUUCGAGUCGCAUGCCGAAGAGUCUGGAGAGACUAGAACUCACUCUUGAAGACGAUCCAGACGAGAGUCGUGCCCUCAUCUUGGAUCUGGCAAAAGAGCUUGGAGCCGUGGGUGUGAUGUUGACUGUGUCGUUCAAGGAAUCGAACAACUAUUUUCCACCGUACCUCGAUGGGGAACACAGAYCGGAGGAAUAUCUUUAUUUCGAUGGCGACAUUAUUGUACUGUAG